AUGCAUUUUUGUACACGUAUUGUUGGCAAUGCUUCUCAUAAAGAUAUUGUAUCAUCACCUAACAAAGGAAAGGCACAUCAAGAUGAUCAACGAUUACAUAAUCUUUUCUAUCGUAAAUCAAAACUUGAAAGUGUUAAUGAAACCUCUGCAUUGCUUAGUGGAUUUGCUAUUGUAGCUAUUGUUGAAUUAUCCCUUGAUGCAUAUGCAAGUCGUAAUGGAAGUGAUAGUCUUCUUAUAUGUUAUGUCAUUGUUUCAUGUUUACUUGUCGGUGUUCAUUUACUUGCUUUACUUAUGUCAAUGUGUAUAUUACCUGAAUUAAAAAGUGUUAUACGUCAAAGUGAUGUUUGGAUAAAUCAUGAUAAUAAAAAACCAUUAUCAUCAUUAGAUAUUUAUAUUGAAAUAGCAUGGGUAAUUUCUACUGGUUUUGGUCUUUUUUUAUUUAUACUUGAACUUGGUUUAAUUUUAUGGAUUAAAGUUAGUGGUUAUUCAUUUACAGCAGCUAUUUCAGCAAUUGUAACACUUUGUCUUGUUGGUUGUCCAUUUAUUUUAUUUUCUGUUGGUUUUUAUAUUCGAUUAGCAAGAACAAAAAUUCAUUUACAUCAAACAGAUUUAGAAAUAAUAGAACGUGGUGCUAUUGCUCGUGGUCUAUUUCAUAAUCAAUCUGCACCAAUGACGGUCAUGACAAAUGUUGAAGAUGUCCGUUAA